AUGCCUACGGUGAUAUUAAUGGACGUUUCGCUAUCAAUGUCGCGGCCUGUCCCGACUUCUGACACAACAGAGACACAUACCCGACACACGAUAGCUACUGCAGCCGUGAACACAUUUUUGGACUAUUUAACUAUUCACGCUAAAUUAGAAUAUGUUGCCCUGGUCUCAUUCUCAUCCGUUUACGAAGUGGCUGUUCCUUUUACUCGAGACUUUGACAGCAUACGCAGCAAGUUAUUGUCAUUAGAGGAAGGAGACAAAACCUGCAUAGACACUGCUCUGCUUGGUGUAAACCAGCUGGUACUCAAUGAGUGGGGAGGAUGUCAAACGCCUGUGCAAAUAAUAUUGAUAACAGAUGGAAGCAGUGGUGUGGGUGCUAUUGGCAGGAACCGGAUGGUGCAAGCGCUGCCUUUGCCUCCCUCUUAUCCAGCAAAAAUACACAUAUUGCCCAUUGUAUCCCCUCAUGAUCCUUGUCUACAACAUGCAAUGCCACUUUACCAGAAAAUAGUGGACUUAGCAAAUAACACAACAAGCAACUCCAAUGGCAAUAUGUCCCGUGGAACUAUCUACUGCCCUGACCAGCUAUCUGUGCCUGGGGUAAUAACAGCUAUGACAAGGCUCUGUGAACAGCACUAUCUGGAAUUCUGGUGCACUCUGAAGUGUGGCCAGCUAGAGGCGCGCGUGCAGUUGUUCCCCGCGCCACAGACUAUUACACUUGAAGAGCUAGCUGCUACCUACACGCUCGCCAAUCAAAUACAUGUCAUUGGUUUUAUACAACAACAGGAACUUAGUACCCCAAUAGCAUUAAGUAAGCACUUAGUAAUACCGCAAGCACAACCAGGAACCACUCCAGCGCCGAGAGAAAAUUACGGCUCCAAAACUCCUACUAAGGAGGUGUCCAGUACGGAUGGUUCCGCUACAGAGGAAGACAUGUCAGAUCCUAGCAAAGUACCCAAUUUUUGUGUCCUGCUACAUGGAGCUCUCAAGGUAGAAGGCAUGGCCGCAGUAGUGUUGCUGGGCGCAGACUGGUGGGGAACUCUAACAGCUUCGUGUGAAGCGUCACGUGGACGUCGUUCGUGUUUGUUGCUCAGCGUAAUGAGGCCGGGAGCUUCUGCCGCUCCUUGGCUCGGCGCCCUCGAUCAACUUGGACCUGCUGAAGAAGGCACUACUUCCACGGAUACAUUCCCCAUAAGAUCAUGGCGUUCGUACAGUAGUGGAGGAUCUGCAUGCGCGUGGGCACGUCCACACGCACUACUCGCUGACGUACAGAAAGUCCUUCGACAUGCAAGGAAACUACCUGAUAAGACACAACACCUCUUUAAGGAAUUGAACAGACUCCGUCGAGCAGCCAUUUCCCUAGGCUUCUCAGAACUACUAACAGCGAUCGGAAACGCGUUAGAGCGUGAAUGCACGGCUUUACCGCCUACAGCGCCCUCUGAGUGCGCGCUACAACUCGCUCAUGCAGCAAACGCUCUGCGUGACCCAAGAACGGCCUUAGAUAUAAAACACACGCUGACUCCAUUAGGCCAUGCCACUCCAAUGCCACAUUAA